AUGGCAUGGGUUCGUGAAGUAUGUAAAAGAAUUGGAAUGGUGUUAAUGAUUGGGGGUUCGAGUGACGGGGAUAGAGGACGUAGGACACCGUAUGUGAUUGUUCGUUGUGAGCGUGGGGGCCAUUAUGUUGGCAAGAAGGUACCAGGUGAAGAUGAUCAAAGACCGGGAAAAAGGAGCACCGGUUCAAAGAAAUGCAAUUGUCCGUUUAAAUUGAAGGGGACAAGGGAACACAAGGAUGAUGAAAAGGCUGAGUGGAAAUUGAAGCAAAAGGACCCGUCUAAUGUAACUGGUAUGAAGACAGUUUACAAUACUAUCUCUAAGUUAAAUUUCAGUGAAUUGGAUGGGAGAUCUCAAUUGCAAUCAUUGUUUGUCAAGUUGAAAGAAGAUGAAUACCUCUCGUACCAUAGAUCGAACGAGUUGAAUGCGAUUACCGACUUGUUUUGGAUCCACCCGAAAUGCAUUAAGUUGGCACAGUCGUAUCCGUACGUAUUCGUCAUCGAUUGCACGUACAAGACCAAUCGUUACGGACUCCCAUUUCUUGAGAUUGUGGGUUUUACUUGUACCAACAAGACGUUCUCAAUUGCCUUUGCUUACUUGGACCACGAAAAGACGGAAAAUUUUGAAUGGGCGUUGCGUUGUUUGAAGGAGGCCAUGACCAGUUGUCCUCGGCCUAAUUGCAUUGUAACAGAUCGAGAUUUGGGUUUAAUGAAAGCAGUGGCCAAUGUGUAUCCAUCGAGUCAUCACUUGCUGUGUCGGUGGCAUGUGAACAAGAAUAUAGUGGCCAAUUGUAAGAAAUUGUUCCCAAAGGACAUCACCAAAUGGAAGCAAUUUCAGUCGAGUUUUUCGGCUCUUAUUGAAAGAAAUACCAUAGAGGAGUUCAAUGAGGAUUGGGAGGAUUUGAAAAGAACAUUUAUUGGUUAUCUCCCGGCUAUAGAGUAUGUAGCUAAUUCAUGGUUGGAUCCGUACAAGGAGAGACUUGUAUCGGUGUGGACAAAUAAGUAUACUCAUUUUGGAACGUACACUUCUAAUAGGGUGGAGGGGGCACACGGACGAAUGAAAAGGGAUGUGCGUAAUUCAACUGGCACAUUUGUGGAUUUGUAUACGAAAGUCCACAAUCAAAUUGUCGAACAACACAAUGACAUCAAGGCUUCCUUUGAAGUAAGUAAAAAUACUUACGAGCACACUUUCAAAACGUUGAUAUACAAUGAGCUUCGUGGAAGUAUCUCAAAAUACGCUCUACAACUACUCAAAGUUGAGGUGGACAAUGCGAAACUAUUGCAACCGAGCGAUAUGGGUUGUAGUUGCGCCAUCCGAACAACCCACAGUCUACCAUGUCGCCAUGAACUUCAUGAGUAUGUUGUUGUGAACAAAUGUCCUAUCCCACUUGAGUUAAUAGGCUCGUAUUGGAAACACAUGAGUAUGGAGCCCGCCGCGACCACAGGCCAAGUCAUCCUACCAACCAUCGACGAAGAAUUAUCGGAAUACCAGAAGCUCUUUGAAUGUGCCGAUCUCGAUGCCAAAACUCGAUUGCGCAACCAUUUGAGACAUUUUACCCACCCAGAGAAGACUAACCUUACGGAGCCAAGUGAAAAAGUUGUUAGCAAAGGUCGACCGGCAAAAAGUAGGAAAGACAAAUCAAGCACUCGGGACAAAUCACAUUUUGAGUAUGUGGAGCCAAAGAAAAAAAAAUCGAAGCAAGCUAGUUGUUCUCCAAAGCUUAUACCUGUACUGAUGAGAUUACGAGGGCAUUCGAAUGAUUCUUUCAACACUAUACCAACUCAAGAGUCAGGAAAAAGCACUAUACCGACACAAGAGUCGGUCAAACCAUUAUUUGAAGAUGCAGAUGUGGGAUUGCCACCAGGUUUGAUCGGCAAGAAUAAAUGGACACUGUGGAUUUCGGGCAGUUGCCUCUAUGAUGGGAUUUGGAGAAGAUGA